AUGUACACAGUCAGCGUCAGCAUUGACAUUGCAGCAGCUCCGGCAACUGUGAGAGAGAAGUUUCUAGACUUCUGUCAAUUACCAGUAUACCAUCGAGAUGGUUUCUUCAAGUCAAUUGGUCCAGAAACCCCGAACACACCUCUCGAGCCCGGAGUGAAAAUGCGCAAUGUGCUUGAGCUUAUGACGGUCCAUGCAACCUUAGUUGAAAACUCCUCGACUUGCUUCCAAUGGGGCGGUGGACUACCCGGGAUAUUUGUUGGCUAUCAUAGCUUCUGUUUUGAGCCAAGCACUCUUGUACAGGGCGGGACAAAAUUUACCCAGAAGGAAGAGUUCAAAGGCUUUCUGGCAUUCAUAAUGGGUGAUAAUUUCGUCGCACGAUGGAUUGGAACCAUGGAGAAGACAAGAAAGGGUUGGAAUAAGUACAAUGAAGACUUGAAAGCAUGGUGCGAGGGACUGAAUAAUAGGAAAACAUCAACACCAAAAAUAGUGCCAAUUCAUUCUAACUCAUACGGGUACCCGGCUGUAGGAAAAUUCUUUUCCACCUUGGUUGUCAAAUAUGUGCAUCUGGUCCCAAGUCUUGAUUCCUAA